UCAAUUAUUCAGAUAUUUCUUCUCUUGAUUGUUUCCUACAAAAUGAGUUCUGAGGGUCACACACAAAGAGAGCAUCCAUGGUUGGUGGUGUUCGUCUUUGACCAGAAAGAACAUUGCAGGUCCUAUCAGCUUAUUUCAAAAUGAGACUGGAAAAAUAUUUUACAUUAUCCAAUUCUAAAAAAACUUGCAAUAGCAUUCAUCCUAAUCUGACAAUUUUAUAAGUAGUUUACAAGUCUUCGAUUGGAACCAUAACUUGUAUUAGAUAGCUUAGCACUAUGGCUGAUAGUUCUCAGGAUAUGUUCGCAUACCUGAUCAAUCAUUGGAAUGUUGAAAACAAGUUGUUGAUUCAACAUGAAGAGGUGGCCCCUAACUCUUACCAUUUCAAGAAAAUGAGGUCUCAUUGAUCUGUUCUUUGUUGAGACCAUCAGUGGGACCUUCUGCUUUUGGACUAAUUCCAUAUUCUAACAACUAGUUGGAAGGCAAAACCACAUAAUGCCUGUUUCUUGACCUAUAAAAACAAGUGUUUACCAUAACAGCUCUCACCAAAACUUGAAAACAUACAAAGCUUUUCUCCACUUUCAGGGUCCUUAGCCCUUACUAUCAUUAUUUGCUUAUCUAUACUGAACUAGAAAACCAUGGCUAUCCGUAUGCCUCGUAUAAUCAAGAAGUCUUCUACUGCUGGAGAUGUUCCUAAAGGCCACUUUGCUGUUUAUGUUGGGGAAAAGCAGAAGAAGAGAUUUGUGAUCCCUAUAUCAUUCUUGAGCCAACCUUUAUUUCAAGAUUUACUUAACCAAGCAGAGGAAGAAUUUGGCUUUAAUCAUCCGAUGGGUGGUGUCACAAUUCCCUGCAGCCAGGAUGUGUUCAUUGAUCUCACUUCUCGCUUGAGUAGGAUCUGAGGCUUUUCACCUUACACAAUUUUGUAAAAAAACUAACCUUUCUAGUUAGCACCAUGUUACUGAUAAUUAGAUAGAGGGGACUGACUAUGUACUCUCAGCUGUAACCUUACAUCCUAAUUUUGAAUGUAAUUUUCAGUAGAAAAUGAAAUUUGUUCAGAUUCAUUCUUUA